GCGGUCCAUCCCCUGCGUUGAAUGUGAGAGGCAUGGAAUGAUCUCUUGAUCUCUCGUACAACCAAUUUCGCAUGAAAACGAUUCCAAAAUGGGUAACAAUGUUACCGAUUAUCUACUCGUUAAAACUAGCAAAAUGCGGGAACGAGAUGAGCUUAGACGAUUGGAAACCAGCUGCACUCUUCGCCUACGAUGUAAUAGAUCUGUCCGAAAAUGAGAUCUCAGGGAGUCCAGCAUUGUUCCUGAACCAAACGAUAAUUCUGCUGGAGUUUCGUGCGGCGGGGAACAAACUUCGAUUUGACUUGGGGAAGUUGACGUUUUCAAAGAGGAUGAAAACCCUGGAUCUGUCAAGGAACUUGGUAUUCGGGACGGUGCCAACGUCUCUAGCUGGACUGGAGACACUGAACUUGAGUCACAACCAUCUUUGCGGAAAGCUUCCGGCAACAAAGUUCCCGGCUAGUGCGUUUGCGGGAAACGACUGUCUCUGCGGUUCUCCACUUUCUCCUUGUAAAGCUUAGCGGCAAACAAACUACAAUUUGUAAUUGAGUUUACUGUGACAUGUACUCUCAAAUAAGAUUUGUAUUAAUAAAAAUAAAGUAAUUUU